CCAGCAGCGGCGGUGGCGUGAGGUGCGCGUCGAAGGCAUCCCAGCCCAGCUCUGCACGCCACUCUGUCGACGUGGAACGCUGCGCGGCCGCUGCUCCGCACACCUGAGACUGCGCCCGUGCCGCCGCUCCUGCCAACGCUGAAGUUCCACCCGGAGGCCCUGCCGCCGCUGCCGGACAUGAUGGAGAACCAUCCGCCGGUGGGUGAUGAUGCCGACGGCGGCCAGCACACGGCCACGCUAACGUAUGAGCAGGUGCGCCGGCUGCACGGCGUACUGGACGAGGUGCUGCCCAUCCACGGUCGCGGCAACUUCCCCACGCUGGAGGUGAAGCUGAAGGACCUGGUGCGCGUGGUGCAGGCGCGCCUGGAGGCCGACGGCGUGGUCGUCAGGAGCGUGCGACUGAACGGUGGAGCUGCGAGCCACGUGCUGGCCUCUGAUGACGGCCAGGCGUACAACGACCUGGAUCUCAUCUUCCUGGUGGACCUGCAGACGCAGAAGGACUUUGAGCGGGUGAAGACGGCCGUGCUGCAGUCGCUGCUGGACUUCCUGCCGCAGGGCGUGACCAAGACGCGCAUCAGCUCGUGCAGCAUGAAGGAGGGCUACGUGCACAAGAUGGUGAAGGUGAAUGACGGAGAUCGGUGGUCGCUCAUCUCGCUGUCUAACAACGGCGGCCGCAAUGUGGAGCUCAAGUUCGUCGACACGAUGAAGCGCAAGUUCGAGUUCUCGGUGGACUCCUUCCAAAUCCUGCUUGACUCCAUUAUGCGCUUCUACCAGUGCGCCGAGCAGAGGAUGCUCUCGGAGAACUUUUACCCGACGGUGGCGGGCGUCAGCGUGUACGGCGACUUCCAGGAGGCGCUGUACCACCUGCAGAAGAAGCUGAUCGCCACGCGUCGGCCGGAGGAAAUCCGCGGCGGCGGCCUGCUGAAGUACUGCAACCUCCUGGUCAAGGACUUCCGGCCGUGCCAGCCGGAGAGCAUCAAGACGCUGGAGCGCUACAUGUGCUCGCGCUUCUUCAUCGACUUCCCUGACGUCAUGCAGCAGCGCAACAAGCUGGAGACGUACCUGACCAACCACUUCGUCGGCACGGACGAGCACCUGAAGUACGCCUACCUGAUGGUGCUGCACAAGGUGGUGGCCGACUCGACGGUCUGUCUGAUGAGCCACGAGCGACGGCAGACGCUGAGCCUGAUCGAGGAGCUCGCCUUCCAGGUGUACCUGCAGCAGCAGCAGCAGCAGCAGGUGAUGAUGAUCCAGAAGCACUUCGACACCCAGCUCCCGGGCAGCGCGGCCGUGAUUCUCGCGCCGUACUAUCCGGCUCAGCCGUGCCCAUGCACCUGCAGCUGGCUCAACUGCGCCUAGCGGGCGCCGCCGCCGCUGCCGCCCGCCGCCGCUCCAGUGAUAUUCGGGCGCCGCGGGCGGCCCGGGCGGCGGUGGGUCCCCUCCUGUCCCUCUGCCGCGUGCUCUCUCCCUCCUGACGCCGUCUUUCCCGUCCUUCCCGGUGGAGUGCCAUCCCCUCAUGCUGCCAGGCUGGAGCUUCGCGUGAACCGGCGACGAACGCUGGGCGGUCAGCGAGCUGCUGCUGUCGAUUGAUGCUGGAAUACCAGAAGGUGUGACGCCGGAGUACCAGCGCCGUGUGAGGCCGUAGUAUCAGCGCCGUGUGACGCCGGAGUACCAGCGCCAUGCGACGCCGGAGUACCAGCGCCAUGUGACGCCGGAGUACCAGCGCCGUGUGACGUCAUCGUGACGUCACGAUCUCCACGCCCGGCAGGCCGCUGCUCCGAACAGAGCAUGAACACGCCACCCGUCUCCUCUCGCUCCGUCCAGGGGCAGCGGCUCAAAUACCACGUGGAGACGUCCGAGUCACAGGCUGUACCACACGGAGCGUCCGGGGGACCAGCUGGACCACCGAGCAGACCGGCACUAGACCAGCGGCUGCACGGCCAUCUGGACCACCGGUUGGACAGCCGCUGGACCGUCGCUGGUCCGUCUCUGGACCGCUGCUGGACCAUCUCCGGACCACCUCCGGACCACCUCUGGACCGCCGCUGG